AUGAAAUUGAAUGGGAAACGUGCUGUAAAAGUAUCCACUGGGGAUUUUAUUGUCCCUGCUGUCUAUUAUCGCAUUUGGGCGGAUUAUGGAACAGACUUUCUCUGGCGCCAGAACGAUGACGAUAUAGAAGAGAAUGAUGGAGAAAGCUAUGUUGAGGCUGAAGAGGUACUUUCCUCCUUUUUAACCCCUGUUCUGGAGCUUUACAGAGCUUGGGUCGAGUACUACUGCGACUACUUCAAAACAAGACUCGAAGACACCCAAGAUCACUACGCAGAUUCGUUCCAUACUGCCCAUGAACAGGUGGCAUGGAAUGUGGCCGGCUACCUGCUUGCUUGGCGCAUGGCCAUUUGGUAUUCGGCUGAUAAUGCGGAGUAUCUGUUGGAAAGGGGGAUUGAUACUAGCGUGACUGUGAAGUUUUUGGAAAAUCAGAUGGAGCUUUUAGCAGCAAAGCACAUGGACUAG